GACAAUCGAUAGAAAAGUCAUGUGUUCCAGUUUCUAGUUUUCAUUUUCAGUCUCAAUAGUCUCUCUCUUUUUUUUUUUCGUCUCUCUCUCUCUCUCUCGUGAAAAGAAGAGGAAAACAAGAUAAAAAAAAGAGAUACAGUAUUUAAUACUCUCGCGUCAUCAAAACCCUUUGCAUUCUUUUUAUUUAUUUUAGAAAUAAAUGAGUCAGUAAAAAAAAUCUCGAUAAUAAUAAUAAUUGUGAGUGAAAAAAUAAAUAUUAUUGUUUAUCAGUAUCAUAUUUUCAUUAAUCAUAAAUUAAUACUCAAAUAAAAAACGAAUAUACUCUUGAAAAUUCAACAACAACAACACAAAAGAAUAUCUUAAUUUUUAUAUAAAUAAAUAAAAAUAAAAAAAAACAAAAAAGAAAUAUGGCUAAUUAUUUUAAUUUAAAUAAUUAUAUUAUUAAGUUAAUUCAUUUUUAUUUAUUUUUAAUAAUCAAUGAUGGGUUAUUUGUGUCGUGCUCCAUAUUAAUAUUUCCAAAAUCACAAAGAUAUCAAUCAGUGCAUUUAAUGGAUACAAUGAUAUGUCAUGCAAGACAUCCAGUAUUAUUACAAUCAGGAUUAAAUUCAGCAAUAAUUAUUGAAACAGAUAAAAAAUUUAACAGAUGGUACAACAAAACAAAUGAUUUACGUUGUAAAUUUAUUAUAAAAGCACCAAAAGGUGAACAUUUAUUUGCUGUUGUACAAAAUUUAUCAUUUAGACGUGAUGAAAAUGGUUGUAUUGAUUACAUUGAGUUUAAGAGAAAAAAUGAUAAUGAAGCUGAUCAUAGAAUAUGUGGUAAAUUAAAUCGUCAAAUACCAAGAGUUAUGAUUAAUGAAAAUAAUCAACCAAGAUUUGAAGCAUUAAAUCAUGAUACAAAUGAUGAUAAUUAUGAUGAUAUUUAUCAGUAUUCAACACGUUAUGAUGAAUCAGAUCUUGAUGGUGAAAUUGAAACAACAAUAUUUGUAUCAAAAAAAAGUUUAUCAAUGAAUGAAAAUUUAAAUUUAACAAUUUCAUAUACACCAUACAAAAGUUGUGAUAAAGUUAAUACUGAUGAUUAUGGACCAACAACAGCAUAUGAUAUUUGUUUAUGGAAAGAAUAUUUUUGUGAUGGUAUACAAAAUUGUGCAAGUGAUUUAUGUGCUGAUGAACAAUAUUGUUCAAAUGAUAUAUUUGGUAAUGGUAAUAAUACAAAAUUAACAAUUGGAGCAAUUGUAACAAUAAUACUUUGUUUAUUAAAAUUUCUUGCUAGUUUAUGGAUAUGUAAACGUUAUAAAAUUUUUUGUUGGAGUCCAGAUUGUAUGAUGAAUUCAUCAACAAUUAAUAAUAAUAAUAAUGAUAAUAGUUAUCAUAAUAAUAAUACAAGUAGAAUUAUUGAUAAUGAUAUUGAUAAUAAUUUUAGUACAAAUCAAUCAUCAAGUGUACCACCUGUUUUACUUGUAUCAGUACUGCCAUCAUCACAUGACAAAGAUUUACCACCAAGUUAUGAAUCAUUAUUUCCAGAACGUAUUAAUUCAGCUGCCACUCAAUCAUAAUUAUUUUAUCAGUUAAAAUAAUAAUAAUAACUAUUUUAAAAAACUUGAUGAAAUAAAAUUAUUAUCAUUAUUAUUUUUACAACAAAAAAACAAAAAAACACUUAUAUUGUUUAUGAUUUUAAAUGAUCUUUUUAUGUUACGUUAAUGAUUAUUAUUAUUAUUGUUAAUAUUAUGUUUUAUUUAAACCAAAAUUAAUUGUAUUAUUGAACAAUUUUUUUUUUGUUUUUUGUUGUCUUAAUUUAACAUAAAAGCCAAAAUGUCAGAUAAAAUGUAAAUAAUUUAUUUUCAUUAGUUAAAUUUUUAAUUUAUCAAAGUUUAUAAUAUUUAUUAUGUAUGUUAAGUUUUUUUUUUUUUUUAUUUAUUAAUUUUUAAAAUAAUAUGACUGUAUUUUAAUGAUAAUAGAAUUUAAAAAUUUAAAUGAUGAUAGAAAUUUACGCUCAAAUAAUCAAAGAGUAAAUAAAUUAUUAAUUGAAAUUAAUUAAUCAUUAGUAGUGAUCAGUAUUCAAUAAUUAUAAUUUAAAAAAAAAAAAAAAACUUAAACAUCAUCAAUGUAUACUAAUAUUUUAUACUUAAAACAUAAAACAUGCACAUUGAUUAUUCUCCAAAAAAAAAAAAAAAAAUAAAUAAAUAAAAUGUAAAAGAUAAUAAUUAUAAAUUAUAUUUAAAUUAAUAAAUAAUAAAUCAGUUUGUUGGUUUUAUUU